AGUUUACUUUUCAGUUACACAUAAUGCAAUACUCGUAUUUGUUUUAAACCUUAGUUAACUUGUGGUGACAAAUAUGACCAAAAGCUCAGGCCUCAGCAAGGAAGACUUGGGUUUGAAUCUUACCUCUGCUCUAAAUUUACCUUUAAUUAAGUUUACUUAAUAUUUUUGCUUUGGUUUAUUUAUUAAUUUUUUUAUUUAUUAAUAAUUUUUACAAAAAUUUAUUAAUUUUUGUAAAAUGUGGAUGAUGACACCUCUCUCCCAGAACCUUGAUGAGAUUCAAUAAAUUACAUGGCAUAUGGCUUGUAGCUUGAAAAUAUGUUCAUUUCUCUUCCCUUCCCCCUCUCUAUUUGAUCCACUUUAUUUUUUUUCUUCUUUCUUUGGUCUAUUCCUUUUUAUAUUUUCUUUUCUUCCUAUGAGUAUAUGGUACUUCUACAUUGGUACAUAGUUGAAUAUAAUCAUAGUAGAAUACAUAUUUUAUCUUAACAUAUUUUAAUAUAUUACAGGUGAAAAAGAAACCAUACAAUGGAAUGGGAAAACCAAACCAUUCUGGUGGAAUUUUUUCUGAGGGGGCUUUCUGGUUAUCCAAGGCUUGAAUUACUCUUUUAUGUGCUUGUCUUAAUAAUGUAUGUGGUCAUCCUUCUGGGAAAUGGCACCCUUAUUCUCAUCAGCAUCUUAGACUCCCACCUUCACACCCCUAUGUACUUCUUCCUGGGGAACCUCUCCUUCCUGGACAUCUGCUUCACCACUGUCUCCAUUCCCCCCAUGCUGGUGAGCUUCCUCUCAGAAAAAAAGACCAUCUCCUUCUCUGGCUGUGCUGUGCAGAUGUUCCUUGGCUUGGCCAUGGGGACAACAGAGUGUGUGCUCCUGGGCAUGAUGGCCUUUGACCGGUAUGUGGCUAUUUGCAACCCUCUGAGAUAUUCUGUCAUCAUGAGCAAGGGUUCCUAUGUGCCCAUGGCAGCUGGCUCCUGGAUCAUAGGAGUUGUCAACUCUACAGUACAAACUGGGUGCGUAGUACAAUUGCCUUUCUGCAGGAAUAAUGUCAUCAAUCACUUCACCUGUGAAAUUCUGGCUGUCAUGAAAUUGGCCUGUGCUGAUAUCUCAGGUAACGAGUUCAUCAUGCUUGUGGCCACAACCUUAUUCAUAAUGACACCAUUAUUGUUAAUCAUUAUCUCUUACACAUUAAUUAUUAUGAGCAUCCUCAGAAUUCGCUCUUCUGAGGGGAGAAGCAAAGUCUUCUCUACCUGCUCAGCCCACUUGACUGUGGUGAUAAUAUUCUACGGAACCAUUCUCUUCAUGUACAUGAAGCCCAAGUCUAAGGAGACACUUAAUUCAGAUGACAUGGAUGCUACUGACAAACUUGUGUCUGUGUUCUAUGGAGUGAUGACUCCUAUGAUUAAUCCUUUAAUCUAUAGUCUCAGGAACAAGGAUGUGAAGGAAGCAGUAAAACACUUACUGAGAAGAAAAGUAUUUAAUAAGUAAAUGGAAAAGGGACAGGUAACUUUUAUAAUCACAAUGUAGAAAUCAAUUAAUCAAUUUUGUUGGUUAGUCGCUGAGUCUUCAACUUUUUUGCAACCCAGUGGACUGUAGCCCCCCAGGCUCCUCUGUCUAUGGGAUGUCCUAGGCAAGAAUACGAAUGAGUUGC